AUGGCCGAUCCGGCAGACGCCGAAAGCAAGAAGACUGUCGACGAUAUCUUUGCAGAGAUUGAUAAGAUUGACAUUGACGAGAUUGAGUUGGAUCCCGAAACUCUCAAGUAUUUUGAAACCAUUGAAGCCUAUCUAAAAUAUUUUGACGACCUUCAAUCGUUGUACAAUGAAGUAGAUCCAAGUCACAAGCUUGCCAAUUCUGGCUUGCCCGACAUCAAGCGUCCAAUUCAGCAGCUUUCUAUCAGUGGCAAACCUGUCAAGAAUGUUGUCGAAUUGUAUGAAGUUGCACAAGUCAUGCUUCCGGUUUUCACUGCCAAGAUUGAAGAUCUGUUGGGAAGAAUCGCUACAAGCCAUCCCUAUUCUGAUUCUGAUUGCAGUGACGCUCUGUUCAAGCUUCCUCCAGGAGAGAACAAACUCAAAGAGAAACAACGUGCAUUAGAAAAAGCAAAAGACGACUACUAUGAGAAGGAGCCUGGUCCACCGGAGUCGUGGCUCUAUGACAUUGUCCGCGGAAGCGUGUUAUUCGACAAUGCGGACCACAUACUAAGUUUCUUGGAGCUUAUUCGCGCCGACGGAUCCAUUGAAAUUAUAAAAUCCAAGAAUCGUUUUCGGAAUCCGACGCUUUCCGGGUAUCGAGACUGGAAUUUGCAGCUUCAAAUCUCGACAGAUGAUUGUACUAUGAAUUCUUCCGAAAAUACUACGCUGGAGCAACACAUAGUUUGGGAUACGGCAUCAAGCUACCACAACAUGGCAAUUGUUCUUCGAAGACAAGGCAAGCUUGAGGAAGCUCUGACGAUGCAUCGAAAAGCGCUGGACACUCGGGUGAAGACACUUGGACCUGACCAUUCAGAUACAGCAACGAGUUACGACGACAUGGCAAGUGUCCUUAAAAAGCAAGGCAAGCUGGAUGAAGCUCUGACGAUGCACCGAAGGGGGCUAAGUAUCCAGUUAAAGACGCUUGGACCUGACCAUCUUCAUACGGCAUCAAGCUAUAUGCACAUUGCAAGUGUCCUAAACACGCAAGGCAAACUGGAGGAAGCUCUGACGAUGCACCAGAUGGUGCUAGGCAUUCGAUUGAAGGCACUUGGACCCGACCAUACAGAUACAGCAUCGAGCUACAGCAGCAUUGCAAGUGUCCUAAAAACGCAAGGCAAACUGGAGAAAGCUCUGGCUCUGCACCAAAAGGCGCUAGACAUUCGAUUGAAGACACUUGGACCUGACCAUGCAUCUACAGCAACAAGCUACAACAACAUGGCAAAUGUCCUACAGGAUCAGGGCGAUAAACUCGAAGAAGCCCUGACGAUGCAUCGAAAGGCGCUAGACAUUCGAUUGAAGGCACUUGGACCUGACCAUGUUGAUACGGCAGCAAGCUACAACAAUAUAGCAAUUAUCCUUAAAAAGAAAGGGAAGCUGGAAGAAGCGCUGACGAUGCACCAAAAGGCGCUGGACGUUCGAUUGAAGACACUUGGACCUGACCAUGCAUCUAAGGCAACAAGCUACAACAAUAUGGCAGUUGUCUUUAAAACACAAGGAAAGCUGGAGGAAGCUCUUACAAUGUACCAAAAAGCGCUGGGCGUUCGAUUGAAAGCACUUGGAAGUGACCAUGCAGAUACGGCAGCAAGCUAUAACAACAUAGCAGUUGUCCUUAAAAAGCAAGUCAAGCUCGAGGAAGCUCUGACAAUGCAUCAAGAGGCGCUGAACAUUCGAUUGAAGGCACUUGGACCUGACCAUAAACUGACGGCAACAAGCUACGACAACAUUGCAGUUGUCUUAAAAGCACAAGGGAAGCUGGAGGAAGCCCUGACGAUGUACCAAAAGGCGCUGGACGUUCGAUUGAAGGUACUGGGACCUGGCCAUGCAAAAACGGCAGAUACCUACAGGAAAAUGAAAAAAUUGCAGCAAAAGCAAGGUAAACUGUAG